GUAGCAAUACCACACAGGCUGUCAUUAGCUUAGGAGCCUUAACCUUAGACGUAUGGUAUUACCAAGUUUCUCUUACCGCCAAUUUUUUUUCUCCCGAAAGCGCAACAUAUCGGCAGCCCGUUAACCCAGCAGGCACCAUGUCCGUGAAAAAGGGGUCCAACGCGAAUGGUAACAAAGCGGAAUGAACAACGCCGAAUGAUGUUGAAAUGAAACAUGACGGGAGGGGUCUAGAUAACAAUAUAUACAUCGUAAUCAACAGCGCCAAUGCAGUGCAUAGGCUACCCCCCCCCCCCCCCACACACACAACACAAAUCAAGAAGCGGACACCGCCCCUGACGUCAGGGGUGCGUGAAUAACCCGAUCCCACUGAGCGCUCGUAUAGGAGGGGAGUGCGUGGUGUGGGAGACACAGUGCGAGCGAGCGAGGGAGAUAGGGAGGGAGGGAGCAAACACCCGGGCAGGCAGUUCGAGUGAGCCGAGAGACACAGACGCGACGAGAGACAGAGAGAGAGCGCGAGGGGGUAGCGCGAACAGAAUGAGCGAGGCGUGAGAGCGGAAAACGAGAGCGGCAAGACAAUGUCCCAGUCCGCGUGCCGUUCCGCGCUCCCGUCAGCCGGCGGCUCCGACUCCAACUCCACCGCGGCGGCGGACCCGCGCGGAGCGGCGCACGGGGUGAGCCUGCUCUUCUUCUCGGCCACGCUGCUCCUGGUGGCCGCCGUGCUGGCCGGCAGCCUCUACUCGGUGUCGCGGUUGCUGCAGAUGCCCCGGCGGGGCGUGCUGGAGGCGCUGGUGCUGUGCCUCUGCGUGGACGAGCUGCUGGGCGCGCUGCCCGCGGCGCUCUUCCUCUACGUGCACGCGUCCGGCGGGGACGUGUCUCCCGCCGUGUGCGCGCUCUCGGGAUUCCUCUACGAGUUCGUGUGCCUCGCCGGAGCCCUCAAGGCGGCGGCGAUCGUCCUGCACAACGUGUGCGGACCCAGGAGGUCGGUCAAGGGACGCGGCGGUGGAGGUGGAGGCGGCGGCGCUUAUUCGGCGUCCUCUCUAUCCUCGUCUCUGUCGUCGCCUCCCAAGGCGCGGUCGUCGCCCGCGAGGAGAAAGGCGCUGUGGACCGUGCUGUGCACGUGGGGAGUAUCCCUACUACUCAGCGUGCUGCCUCUGUGCGGCUGGGAUAGGUUCGAGCCCAGGACUUGGGGCUGCUUUUUGCCGGACUCCUCCUCGCACGGCCUCUUCGUGUGCGUGCUCUUCGUGGCCCUGCUGUGCGCCCUCACAGCGCUCUCGCUGCCCGCGCUCUACAAGCUCUUCUGCCGUCCCGGAGAGCGCACGCUGUCGCUCAGCGCCACGUCCAACUACUACACCAUCGAGGACACGGGCGUGUACCACAGCACGGUGACUGCGCUGGCCGAAGAGAGGAUGGUGGAGGGUAAGGCGGCGGCGGCUGCUGCUGCUGCGGCGACGGCAGGUGCCAGGUCGACCGGCCCGGCCGCUGCUACCACGGACAGCUCCAGCAAGGACGCGUCCAACUCCGUACUCAUAAACAACGCGGCCGCCUGCGCCAGGACUCCCUACGUUGGCAUGGCCGUGGCUCAAAAGAGAUUUGCGCUCCUGAUAACCUUCGCCAAGCUGUUCCUGUGGCUGCCCAUGAUGAUUCACCUGGCGUUGCAGUUCAGCACAGGCCGACCGAGCCCGUCCUCCGAGGAGCUAAGCUUCAUCCUCUCGCUGUUCGCCAUGCUCCUGUCGCCCCUGCUCAUCCUGUCCCGCAAGUGGCUGCACCUGCCGUGCGGCUGCAUCAUCAACUGCCACCGCAACACCUACGCGAUGAACCAGGAGAUCGACAAGGCAGGACAGAGCGUGGCGCUGGGCAUCGACCUCUCCUUCCACAAGGGCUACGAGAUGUACCGAGCCGACCACAUCUCUCCCAAGAAGUACUUCUUCAACAACGACAAGGUCAACAUCCUGCCCAACCAAUCGGCCAAGGACUCGGAGAAGGCCAGCUGCGGCGUCGGCGGCAUCGGCGGCGUCGGCGUCGGCACCGGCACGGGCACCGCCGCCCCACACCGAUCCCAGCCGGCCCGGGUGGAGGUAGCCCCGGUGCCCAAGUCGCAGGCGGUGAACGCCGAGGCGUCGCCGCCGCGCUACGCCCAGCCGUGCGACUUCCGCGACGAGGUGUCGGCGAUGUUUGGUGGGCAGACGCAGAAACGCUUCGGGGGCAGGGAGGGCCGCCGCUCCGAGAGCGGCGCCGACGGCCUCCACGGGGACCGCACCACGCGCAGCGGCCUCUACCUGCACGACGGCCUCCACUCGGACGGCCUCGAGUGGGAGUGGUGCCGCAGCAAGUCGGAGCGCACGCCGCGACAGCGUCUGGGCGGCCUCUCGACCCCGCUGUGCGCCAUCCAAGGCACGGUGUCGCUGCAGUCGCCCACCGGCAAGACGCUGUCGCUCUCCACCUACGAGAUCAGCGGCGACGGCAAGCAAGCACUGCCCGUGCCGCGCAAGGUGGAGGUGUACCGCUCCAAGAGCGUCGGGCACCAGCCCAGCUCGGAGGGAGGCUGCGGCGGCGGCGGCGGCGGCGGCGGCGGCCUCGGCGACACCAACGUCAAGAUCCACCUCGAGGUGCUGGAGAUCUGCGACAACGGCGACAAGAUGGACACGGUGUCCAUCGUGAGCAACAUCAGCCAGUCGUCGACGCGCGCGCGAUCGCCCUCGCUGCGCUACUCGCGCAAGGAGAACCGCUUCGUGUCGGUGGACCUGGACGAGAGCGCCUCCUACUCGCUCUUCAUCCCCUCCAACAGCCCCGAGAGCGACAUCAACAUCACCAUCCCCGACACGGUGGAGGCGCACCGGCAGAACAGCCGCAAGGAGCGGCCGGACGACGGCGGCGGGUACAAGGAGGAGAUCCAGCUGCUGAACCAGGUGUACCGCGAGCGGGAGAAGGGCGACGCCGCCACUUAGCCGAGAUUCUUCUUAUUCCUCCUCCGUCCGUCCGUCCGUCCGUGUGCUGGCGACGGUUGUUUUGUUUGUUGGCUUUUCAAACUCAAGUGUUGUUGUUGUUGUCGUCGUCGUCGUCGUGAGAACUAGACGCGAGGGUUGUUGAGCUACGUGGACGGCGCUGCACUCGCCGGUUGUGGAAGCCGUACGCGUUUUGAGUUUUUGUUAUCACGAUUGUUACGAUUGUCACUAUCGAUCAGCAUGUCCGUGUCGAAAGACGUCGUGGAAAUGAAGGGAAUGGUUUCAAAGAAGAAGAAAAAAACUUCCCAGAGAGAAAGUCCACGUUUGCUAUGGUCGAGGAACAAGCCUCUACACAGGCCAGCAGGUGAAGAACACAUCAACAAUUUUUAUCCACUGCAGAAAAUCGAUGGACCGGACUGGAACUCACGGCAUUUUCCAACCGAGAGUCGGACGAUUCGGCAUCGCUGUUAUAACGCUACGCGUAUUAACGCGACCGUGAUGGGGACGGAGCGUGGACGUGGCCGGGGCCCACGGACAUUUGACAGAGAGAGAGAGGAACGCUGCUGCUUUGAGCUCCGAAUAAAACAAAAGGAGAGAGGAAAAAAAAGCACAAUCGGUGACUGUUCUAUUGGCACGCGGCCGAAACGCUGCUGCCAGCGAAGGCAGCGGAGGAACCCCGAGCGACGCAAUCAGCCUUAAGUGCUUACGUUUGCAAGUGAUGCAGAAUGAUCGCAUAGGGUCCACGGCCUUACAAGCAAUGGGGAAGGCAACGGUGAACACAUGACGCCGGUUUCGGACCUUUGUAAUCAUGGAUACGCAGACAAAUGGAUUUUAAUAUUUUAGAAGAAAAAAAAUGGCGUUCGUUAUUGUACAACUCUUGAGUCUUUGAACAAGGGUUCACAACUAAUGUCUCCGUGACGUUGGGGAGGUAACAUUUCCCCCCCCCCCCGGUUAUUUUAUUUGAUAAGGUAUGAGCUCAAACAGAGGUUUGGGCAUGCAGCUCCAUUGACAUGUUGUCUACUUGUCAAAGGCAAAGAGAACAGUUUGGCGUAUGCUAUGUCACUGUUUCUCGUUUUGCAAGGCAGUGCAUGCUAACAAACAAAGAUAAAGACCCCCCCCCCCUAGUAUAGCCUUAACAGACUGUUGGGCAAGUGCUCUAUGCGAGCACCUAUGAAGGGCAGCACGGCGCACGAGGGGUGGGUGGCCAGCACCACG